CAUGGGGCGGGUGAUCGCCAUGGCGCUUUGGGGGGGCCGGCCCGGCACCCUCCUCUUCCUCCCCUUCCUCCUCCUCCUCCUCUGCGGGGCCCUGGGGGGCGGCGGGGCCUUGCAAACCAAGGGGGCCCUCCCCCUCGACACCAUCACCUUCUACAAGGUGGUUCCAAAGCACAGGUUUGUUUUGGUGAAAUUUGACACGCAAUAUCCUUACGGAGAGAAACAGGAUGAAUUCAAAAAGGUGGCAGAAAGCUCUGAAUCCAGCGAUGAUUUAUUGGUGGCCGAGGUGGGCAUCUCAGAUUACGGCGACAAGCUGAACAUGGAUUUGGGGGAGAAAUACAAACUGGAUAAAGACUCGUACCCCGUUUUCUACUUGUUCGAAGACGGGGAUCUGGAGCAUCCGUCGCCCUACACCGGGGAAAUCAAAGCCAGCGCCCUCCAGCGCUGGCUGAAGAGCAAAGGCAUCUACAUGGGGAUGCCCGGAUGCUUGAAGGAAUUCGACGCCCGGGCGAGCCAAUUUGUGGCGGCGGCCGGCCAGCGGCCGGAUCCGCGCCAGGACCUCCUGGAGGAGGCUCAGAGGCGGCUGGAGGGAGUCAAGGAGACCGAGCGGAAGUCGGCCGAGCAGUACGUUAAAAUCAUGAGCAAGACCCUGGCCCAGGGGGACCACUUCCCCGCCGGCGAGGUCUCCCGGAUCUCCCGCCUCAUCGCGGAAAAUAAGAUGAGCGACGGCAAGAAAGAGGAACUCCAGAAGCGCUUGAACAUCCUCGCGUCCUUCCAGAAAAAAGCCAAGGACGAACUUUGACGUCGGCGUGGAAGCCGGUCCGGGCCCCGAUUCAGUGCUCCUCUGAAGCAAGCAAAACAGACCCCCCCUGAUCUUUUUUUUUAAAGUGGCCACGAUCCUUUCCCCUUCUGGCUUCUUUUUACAGACUCUCCUAAAAGCCUCGGCACGUGGGCAGCGGUCCCCGGACCCCAAAGAAAGGCCGUCCACAGUCUUCGAUCCUUUGUUUCAAAAGGCAAUCGCGGUUUCUUCCGAAAACCGUCCUUGAUGCUGUGCUUUUUUUGGGGGUGGGUGGGAGGUUUGGGGUUCUGCCUUCAAGGCGUGGGGCGGCCGCUCCCCAGAGCGGUGGGCUUUUUCGAAAGGGCUGCCUCCCGAACCCGGGGCCAGCUCUUGAAUUCCCCCACCUCUCUUGCAGUGCAGACCGCCCGAUUCUGGGUCCGUUUCUGGUUGUGAAAAUUGGGAGCCCCAGGCUUUGGUCGAAAGGAAACAUGCCUUCAGAAAGGUGUAGCAAAAGUGACCUCCGUCUCUUACGGAUCAGUAUUUGUUAAACUGGUUUGCAGGGGGAAAAUAUCUUGUUGUGGUACUUAAUUUGCUAAUAAAGGUACUAAUUGGGAGGGGAAAAAAUA